UUACGUCAUUUUGGGAAGUAAUUUUUAUGUCUGACAGGCCAAAUCAUGGGGAGGUCAAAAGUUGACAAAUUUAUGGAAUACUUGAAAGCGGGAGAAGUUCACAAAGUCAAGUCAUAUCUCAGGAAAUACAGCGGAAAAAUUCGUCUGAAUUCUUUGCGGGUCGAGAAGGAAAGAACGCCGCUGCACAUCGCUUGUCUUCUCGGUGAGGACGCCUGCAUGAGGAUUUUACUGAAGAAUGGAGCUGACACACAAGUUGUGGACACAGACGGAAACACUCCCCUGCAUCUGGCACUGCUGGAUGUCUUGAAAGGCAACGUACAUGGCUACUACGAUAUGGUUCUUCCCCUAAUGAAGGAAUGCCCAACAAGUCUUCUACAUCAGCAAAACAAGAGAGGAGAAACUCCCCAACAGCUAUUGGAGGAGAGCAAAGAACUGAUGAGACAGAGGGCAGCAGAGGAAAAGCAGGAGAAGUUGAGAAAAGAAGAAACAAAAAGCAGAGUAGAAGAGGACAGACAGUGGAGGGAAAAACUGUGUGGAGAGUUUCAAGACGAAUAUCAAGCUAACUGGGGAAUAUUUGAAGAUGCAGAAGAAAGAGAAGCAGACACGUACGACACAUGGGCAGACAGGAUGUCUGAGCAGUUCCACAGGAAGCACCGCAAGAGGAGAGCCCAUCAAGAAACUCCAUCUGCAGAAGAAAAGAAGAGACAGAAACAACAAGAACAAGAAGAGUUCCAAAAGAAGCUCGAAAAAGAACACCAAGAGUACUUAAACCGAGCAAGCAGGCGUGACAAAGAGACACUACUUGCCAAAAAGCAACAGUACGAAAAGAAAUGUACCGAAGUUUUUCAACAGGAUGCGUCCCAAACACUUAGUUACAAUGACAUACCAUGGCCAAAUAACAAGGGCAACAUCAAGAACAUGGUGAAAGUUUUGUUCUGUGAUAUUGACAAGUCUGAUAAGGAGAAUUUUAAGAAGUAUCUUAAGUCUCAGCAAGUCUUGUGGCAUCCCGACAGGUUUCUACAAAAGUGUGGAGCAAGACUGAAAGAGGAGGACAAGGAUAAGAUCUUAGAGAAAGUGACAGAGUUGUCUCAAGAACUGAACAGACUCGCAGCUGGUGAUGAUGAUAAGUGAUGGAUACAUUGUACAAAAGGAUGUUACUGUUAGAAUGUCUCAUUUUAAACACUGUUCUUUUACACAAAAUCACUUACUUUAUGUAUUUAUUUCUAAAAGAUUCAUUGAAGAUUCUUUGAAAACUGCACAUUUUCAUAGUACAGUUUAGAUAAGCCAUUUUAGCACAACCUGUACAUGUAUUAUUAUUUUUUUCCCCUACUUAAUUUUUUUUUCAAUUAAAAAAAAAUGGACAGGCGAAUCCGAAAAGCAACGAAUAAAAUUGGUGUGUCCUAAAGGUAGUCCACUGUCAUGUUUACAUUCAAAGUUGGUAUAUAAGUGCAUGCAAGGACCUAGAGUAAAAGUCACACCAUUCAGAACUACCAGUAUUUUUAUAUCUAGUGUUCUAUUUUUCAGUGCAAUAAAACACAAGUUUAUACUCA